UAUAGGGGGUUAAAAGAGUUUAUUUCUGCGAAACAGUCGUCGUUUUAUUCACAAAAUCUAAUACGACCGUCUCUUUGUUGAAGCAGCGGCUUCACGGCCAUGGACACGGUGGUGGCGUCCUUCCAUGAACAAUGAACAAUGUGUACAAACUCCAGGCCCAUCUUCUCAAAACGGGUCUCCACAACGACCCAUCUUCUAUCCACCGUCUCCUGCUAUUAUGCGUUGCCUGCGCACCCCACAGCUUAUCCUACGCACGCUCCCUCUUCGCCCACAUUCCAUCGCCUGACACUUUGGCUUUCAACACUAUCAUCAGAGCUCAUUCCCACUCCUCUCCUCUCCACGCCUUCUCUCUCUUUGCUCUCAUGCGACGUCGUUUUGUACCCCCCGAUCACUACACUUUCCCCCUCGUUCUUAAAGCCGGUUCUUGUCUCCAAGUGGGAUUUGAACUCCAUUCUUUGAUAAUGAAGCUGGGUUUUCACUCUGACAUUUAUGUGAUGAAUGGGUUAAUUAAUUUUUAUGGGAGUUUGGGAUAUGUUGAAUUUGCACGCCAAAUUUUCGAUGAAAUGACUGUUAAUGAUUUGGUUUCGUGGUCUUCGAUGAUUUCUUGUUUAAACAACAAUGGGUUUUGUUACGAGGCAUUGGGUUUGUUUAAACAAAUGCAGAUAGCUGGGAAUUUUAAGGCUGAUGAGGUAACAAUGGUUAGUGUAAUAUCUGCGGUUUCGAGUUUAGGGGCUUUGGAGUUGGGGAGAUGGAUUGAGAGUUUUGUUAGACGGAAUGGUUUGAAGCUUACUGUUCAAUUGGGUACUGCUUUGAUAGAUAUGUAUUCGAGAUGUGGGUCUGUUGAUGAUUUUAUCCGAGUGUUUGAAGAAAUGCCUGACAGAAAUGUUUUGACAUGGACGGCAUUGAUUAAUGGCCUUGCAGUGCAUGGACGCGGCAGGGAAGCGUUGAGGAUGUUUGAUGAGAUGAAGGAAUCAGGUUUGCAGCCUGAUGAUAUUAUUAUUCGUGCUGUUUUGGUGGCUUGUAGUCACGGUGGUUUAGUUGCUGAUGGAAGGCAAGUUUUUGAUAGCAUUAAGAAUGAAUAUAAUGUGGAACCGACACUUGAGCAUUAUGGUUGUAUGGUUGAUCUUCUUGGUCGUUCAGGCUUGCUGAAUGAAGCCUUUGAGUUUGUGGAAAAGAUGCCUAUCAGGCCUAAUAUAGUUGUCUGGAGGACUUUGCUUGGAGCUAGCGUGAAUCAUAAGAAUGUUGACUUGGCAGAGAAAGUAAGAGAAAAGAUAUAUGAGCUAGAUGCCAGUCAUGAUGGUGAUUAUGUGCUUUUAUCAAAUGCAUAUGGUGGAGUUGGUAAAUGGGUUGAGAAAGCAGAGGUGAGAACUUCGAUGAGGGAGAAGAGAAUAAGCAAGAAACCUGGCUGUAGUUUUCUUAAUGUUGAUGGAGUUAUUCAUGAGUUUGUGUCAGGAGAUAAUUCUCUUCCUGAAUCUGAUGAAAUUAAAGAUUUUUUAGUGUCCAUUAUUGGUAGUCUCAGGGUUGAAGGUUAUCUUCCUUGUACAACCAGCGUGCUACAUGAUAUAGAAGAGGAGGAGAAGGAGCAUAGUCUUGGUUAUCACAGUGAAAAGUUGGCAAUUGCCUUCGCACUUGUUAAUUUUAAAGGUAGAAAGACCAUAAGGAUUAUGAAGAAUCUUCGAAUUUGUCAUGAUUGUCAUUGUUUCAUGAAGCAUAUUUCCCGUAAGUUUAACAGAGAAAUUAUCAUACGAGAUCGAAAUCGCUUCCAUCAUUUUACUAAUGGAUCUUGUUCUUGCCAAGAUUUUUGGUGACAAAUCCCUCCACUUUAGCCCUCUAUUCUGAUAUUGUUAUUCAAAAAAUCACAUAGACAUGGUUGUUCCUUGUUUAGAUCUUAGCAUUACAGAAUAUUACAUGAUACAUUUUCAUUUCUCUCUGAAAUAAUCAAUACAAAACAUUUUGUUUA